AUGGCAGAUUUGCGGGCCAAAGAAAUAGAAAAAUCUGCAGAAGCUAGUAAACAGCAGAUCUUGAGAACAGGGUUUCCUCUUACAAGACCUGACCUUUGCAAGAAAUGGGAAGCAGCUGUUAAAAGGAAAAACUUCAAGCCAACCAAGUAUAGCAGUAUUUGUUCAGAACACUUUACUCCCGAUUGCUUUAAAAGAGAAUGCAACAACAAGCUUCUGAAAGAAAAUGCUGUGCCCACAAUAUUUUGUUAUACUGAACCCAGUGAAAAGCCUGAAAAAUUUGGAGAACAACCAGAAGAUCCACUACCACCUCCUCCGCCGCCGCCACCGCCGCCGCCGCCUCCACCACCAGCAGCAGCAGCUCCUGUACUACCGCCAUCUCCAUCAACUCCUUCCUUUCAUUUGUCUCAAAUAGAUGCAAGAUUUGUAGAUCCAAGUAUUGGAUUAUUGAUGCCUCCUCUCCAGACGCCUAGCAAUCUUGCUGUUUUUUGUGAUCACAACUAUACCGUAGAGGAUACGGUUCAUCAGCGAAAAAGAAUUCAGCAGCUGGAGGAACAAGUUGAAAAACUACGGAAGAAGCUCAAGACAGCGCAACAGCGAUGCCGGCGUCAGGAAAGACAAAUUGAAAAACUGCGAGAGAUUGUUCAGUUUCAGAAAGAAAAAGACAUAUUGGCAGGCAAAGGCUAUGUUAUUCUGCCCAAUGACUAUUUUGAAGUUGUGGAAGUACCUGCCUAAAAAUCAUGAAAAUCUGCUUUCACUUUGCUAGGCCAAGAAGUUCAGCUUCAAAACUAAAUGCUUUCUAAUUCUGUGUGUAAGACUCCUCAGAAUUCUAAGUCAAUAAAGAAGAUGUCAUACA